AUGCUUUUAGGACAAACAGAAAUGACUCACCGAGAAGAAGCCGAGAUACAAAUUUCGGAAUUAGAUUUGCUCUCCAGUAUGUUUCCUUAUGAGGAUGAGUUCAUUGUGACGGACCAGGUGGCUCUGGCAGAACUAAAGCACUAUGUUGAAAAUGAGUCUGCAGAGAUGCCAUCUUCCAAAGUUCAGUUUAUACUGAAUGUGAAGCCAGAGGUCUCUAAUGCCGCUAUGGUGGAAUUCUCUAUGGCCUGUGCCUUACCAUUAAAAUAUCCAACAGUCCUACCAGAAAUUACUGUGAGGUCAUCAUUGUUAAGCCGCUCUCAGCAGAUUCACCUGAAUUCUGACCUAAAAACAUAUUUGAUGCAAAACUGCAGCGGUGAGCCCUGCAUGUUGAGUGCAAGGGAAUGGGUUAAAGACCAUGCAGCUGCUUACAUUGAUAAAGAGCUUUCAUCUUCCUCAGUGACAACAUCACAUGCCGUGCAGUCAGAAGACACCACGUUCACUCGAUUGUGGAUCUAUAGUCAUCACAUUUACAACAAGCAAAAAAGAAAGAAUAUUAUUGACUGGGCCAAGGAGCUCUCUCUGUCAGGGUUUUGCAUGCCGGGGAAACCAGGUGUUGUUUGUGUAGAAGGUCUACAAAGUAGUUGUGAAGAGUUCUGGUCAAGAGUACGAAAAUUAACGUGGAAAAGAAUUCUCAUUCGGCACAGAGAAGAUGUUUCUUUGGAAGGUGGUGGGCAUGCCGAGAUUCAGAAACAAAGAAAGUUCUCCACUUUGGAAGAAAAAUGUUUUGAUGCACAUGGUGCCAGAGGAAAUCAUAUGGAUUUGGGGCAGCUGUAUCGGUUUUUAGAAGAAAAAGGAUGUGCUGGCAUUUUUCAAAUGUACUUUGGGGUUGAAGGGCAUUGAAGGGGUUGAAGAUCAUCACAGGUC